UGUCAAUCGUCGCCUUUUCCCUAAAACUCUAAUAUAUUCUGAUUUUUAGCACAAAAAAUUUAUGUCAAGGGACUGGAACACAAAUGAGGUUAUUGUAGAUGCCCUACCUUAUAUUGAUCAAGGAUUUGAUGAUUUGAGAAUCAGAGAAAUAGCUUUGAGCUUAGUUGAAGAGGAAACUAAGAGAUAUAAACCAACCAAAAACUAUCUUGAACAUCUUCCCCAAUUAAAUUUAAAUGACUUUGAGACUGAUAUAAUGAAAAAUGAAUUUGCAAGAAUUGCUAAUCAUAACCCAAUGGAAAUGAUGAAUAUGAGGAGAUAUGAAUUACCAACACCACCUCCAGGAAAACUAACAGAUAUUACAGCUUGGAAUGAAGCAGUUGAAAAUUCAAUGGCUCAAUUAGAGCACCAGGCCACUAGGAUCUCUAACUUAGAAUUGAUGGGGGAAUAUGGAUCAAUAGCUUGGAAAAAUUAUAAUAAGAUACUAAACAUUAUGGUGGAAGAAUUAAAGAAACAACUCAUUAAAAUUAAGAAAAAGACACAAGAAGUGAAUUGGCAAAGAAAAAAUGACCAGAUUAAUGUGGGUAGGCAAUUGCAAGAAUUGGAAUCAAGUUGGGUUGGCUUGGUUAGCAAAAAUUACGAAAUUGAAAGGGCAAUAGUUGAACUGGAAAAAGAAAUAAAACAAGUACAAGACAAGUCAACAAAUUAAAGAACUCUUUACAAUAUAAAUAACCUUUU